UUAAAAGAAAAAAUAUCGCCAGCUAAACUUCUCUCCCCCUUCCCCUUCUCUCUCACAAUCACCACCACCCGCUAUGGAUACCCUCCUCCACCCUCCACCAACAAGUUCCAUGGCCAAACGCCCUUGCCCUUCUUCCUCUCAAAACCCUAGGCUUCCUUCUCACUUCUCUCAAAUGGACCAUCUCCUUCACUUUUUGCUUUCCCUCGCCGAUUCCUCUCCUCCAAUUUCCCUCGACCUUUCCUUCGACCGCCUCCUCGAGUCUUCCCCUUCCGACGCCGAACAGUCUAUUCUCAUCGAUCGCGCUCACAAGCUCGGUUCCCUCCUCCUUGGUGCCGCCAACCGCUCCGCUCGAAAACGUGCUUCGCUUCAUAACUCCAUCGCCUGGGUCCUCCCGCCUGAUCUCACCAUCAAAGUGUUUUCGAUGCUGGAUUCGCAGAGUCUUUGCUACGCCGCGGCAACGUGUUCGAUGUUUAACAAGUGUGCUAUGGAUCCUUUGUGCUAUGCCAAUAUUGACCUCACCACCGUUGUUCCCAAGGUCAAUAAUGCCGUUGUCUCCACCAUGAUCCAACGAGCUGGAAAAUCACUGCAAUCUCUUAAGCUUGGUAUAGUACCAGGACCAACCGCGUCUCGUGGAUCCUGUCAACCAUUGGUUUACACCAUCAGGAAUUCUGUAGAUGUAUCUAGCAUUUCGUGGAAUGAUAAAAAGACCAGGCAAGGGAAGGAAUCAUCUAUUCUGACGAGGUCCUGCUUAUAUCCGUUAACUGGGGAUAAUGGUGCUGCUGGGACUCUUCUGAGGAGGUUGCAUCUUUACAAUAUUGAAAGAAUGGACAAUGCAUCACUUUGUGUGGCAUUAGCAGCUUGCCCUUCUUUACUAGAUUUGGAAAUUGUUGGCCUUCAUGUUGAGCUGAGGCAAACUUUGAUGUCAGUAAGCUCAAAUUGUCACUUGAUAGAGCGUUUAUUCUUUGAAUCCUCCAAAACAGGCAGGGAUGACAGCUUGAAAUCGCCAACUUGUGUUGAUUUAGUGAACAAUUGUCCUAAUCUUUCUUCUUUAUCACUGAGAGGUUUUAAACUGCAUGAUUAUAAAGUUCGCAUACUUGUUAAGGGAUUCCGGAAACUUAAAUAUGCUGAUUUUUCAACAUCAUAUUCAAUCACUGGAACUUUUUUGAGGAACUUGGGAAGUGGCAGUGGUGGGAAUCUACUAGAGGUUUUAGUUUUAAGGGACUGCAUGCAUCUCAAAGAGAUGGAAGUUGCUCGGUUCUUGACAGCAGUUCUUUCAGGAGACUUCAAGUUCCUUCGGCAUCUUGACAUAUCUAAUAGGGAAGGUUUAGCUUCAGAAGGUGACUGGUACCAGAGAUCUUACAACUCAAGCAUUAUUCCUCUAAAGGAGGUGUUUGAAGUAAGACCCAAUAUUUGCGUGCUGGCUGAGUUUCCAUCAGAAGGAAGCUUCAUCGACAUAGACCACAUGAUUGAUAGUUAUAUUAACAGUGAUGUCAGCUUGCCAUCUCAGUUGAGUAUUCAUACAUCUGAUGGUUCAUUGCUCAUGAGUUCAUCAGAGAGCAGCUAUAAUAGUGAUCAGGGUAGCGGUAAUGAGGAAUAUCAAGAUUCAGGUUUUGUAAUUUUCGAGGAAAGCUCAGAUGAGGUGGAUUUUCUGGUUGUCUAGAAGAACUGCCAGGCUAAGCGAGUAUUGAAACUUGCUGCCACUAAAUGAAGUGAUGUCAGAAAGGAAGCUUUUCCAGACUGCAAGCUGAAUUGAAGAGAGGCUGAUAAAUUGAGUUUUGAACAGCAGUAAGUUUUAUUAUUGUUCUCAUUUAUGAUAAUCUGAUGCUGCUGCAAUAUCCCACGUUCAGUUUACUAUGACGGGGGCCUUUCUUCUGCUUCACUGAGAUUGUUAUCAUAAAAGCCUCUGGGGAAACUUUUUGUCCCCAGGUUUAUCCCGUUUUUAGCAACUAUAAGUGUAGAUCAUGAAAGUGGCAGCUGUUGCUUCAAGCUCUUGCUAUUGUAAUUUGUAUAAUGGCGUUUGCUGAUAUCUUUGUUUUGCAAAUCGUCAAUAGCAAUUGUAGCUUAUGCCUUAUGUACCAGGCGAUAGUGAUUGGAUAAAUUCUCACUGUCGCCAACCGUUUUAUAUUGUGCUCAGGCUAUAAUUGUUUCUAUUCACUUUUAUCUACACUUCUCUGGUUUAUGAGUUUU